AUGGAGGUUCCGAUAGUGCAGUUUGCUGGAGAUUCAGUGGAAAUGCACCAGAAUACAAUACAGAAUCACUCUUCGGCUGAAGACUCUGUGGAUAAGCUACAUAGUCCAGAGUUAUCAAAAGAACCUUCCACCAAGAGUGGGAAGAAAGUGUCAGAGGGUUCAAGACUGAAUUCCACAACAACACCAAAGGGUGCUUCUACUAUUGGCGUGGUUGCAAAAAGGAAAAUAGAUACUAAGAGUGGUUCCAAUACUAAUUUGAGUGGUAUCAAAUCAACUUUAACCAAACCAACUAUAAGCAGUGCCUCGCACUAUUCUGGAUCGGCUCCAGUGACUAGAAGGAUCAGCACUGGAGGUUUACCUGAAAGGCAGACUGUUUCACUUACAAAACGUCCAGGCAGUGGGGUUAAUUCGGCUGUGGGUAAGAAGACAAGUUCUUUAGCCUCAGAACCUCUAAGGAAAUCUCUUCCAGAAAUGCGGAGCUCGAUGCCUUCUCUUGGUGCUAAACCUGCAAGCAGGCCGAGCAUUCCAAAAACACCAAGGUCGUUUCCCGCUUCACCUUCACCUUCACCUGUUUCUAAAACACUUACAACAUCUACCAAUUCUGAUGCUAGCAAACAAGAAUUUAAUCGAAGGACUUCACUGAGAUCCUCUCCUUCUUCGGUCUCUUCGAAAAGGAUUGCUUCUUCAUCAAUGGAUAGCACUGGCAGCAGCAGUUCAGUUAGAAAGUCUGUUUCAAAGGUUUCUUCCCCUUCUAAUCGAGUCUCCAGUGGGACCAAGGCUGGGGUUUUGUCAACAUCACUAGACAGACGAUCUAAUUUAUCUGGCCGUAAGAAAGUGGGAACUCCUGAAAACCGGGAUUCACAUCUCAUCAUGCUUCCUCAAGUGGAGGUCAGAGCUGGUGAUGACAUGAGGUUGGAUCUUCGGGGUCACAAGAUACGCAGUCUCAACAGUGGUGGAUUGAACUUGUCAACAAAUCUAGAGUUUGUUUAUCUCAGAGACAAUCUCUUGUCUACACUGGAUGGCAUUGAAGUUUUAAAGCGGGUGAAGGUUCUUGAUUUGAGCUUCAACAACUUUAAAGGACCUGGUUUUGAACCACUCGAGAAUUGCCAAGCACUUCAGCAACUCUAUCUUGCUGGAAACCAAAUCACAUCACUGACGAGCCUUCCCGAGCUUCCAAACUUGGAGUUUCUCUCUGUUGCCCAGAAUAAGCUCAAGUCCCUUUCAAUGGCGAGUCAACCUCGUCUACAGGUAUUAGCUGCUAGCAAGAAUAAAAUAUCAACAUUGAAAGGCUUCCCAUAUCUACCAGCGCUUGAGAGUUUACGCAUGGAGGAGAAUCCCAUACUUAAGAUGCCUCAUCUAGAAGCAGCUUCCAUCUUGCUUGUUGGCCCAACUUUAAAAAAGUUCAAUGACAAGGAUCUUUCGCGUGAGGAGAUAGCAGCUGCCAAGAGGUAUCCCGCUCAUACUGCCUUGUGCAUCCGUGGUGGUUGGGAUCUUUGCCGUCCUGACCAGGCCAUAGAUUCAACAUUUAAGUUUCUGCUAGAACAGUGGAGAGAACAACUUCCUCCUGGAUACCUGCUUAAAGAAGCCUUCACUGACCAACCAUUUGAGGGAGAUGCUUGUUUUUGCCACUUUGAGUUCCUUAAGGACAAUACUGAGAGUAGCGUUUCUGAAUUAUACUUGAAAUACCAGUGGUUUAUAGGAGAGGCAACUCCAUCAAAUUUUACAGCAAUACCUGGUGCAAGUGCAGAGGUCUACUUUCCAAACCACGAUGACAUUGGAAGAAUAUUGAAAGUGGAAUGCACACCCGUUCUGGGAGAGACUGAAUAUCCCACAAUAUAUGCCAUAUCUUCACCGGUUUCUCCAGGCACUAGAAUCCCCAAGGUCUUAAAGAUCGAUAUGCAUGGGGAGCUGGUGCAGGGAAACACAAUCAAAGGCUAUGUGGAGGUUGCAUGGUGUGGGGGGAAUCCAGGGAAAGGUGUUUCAAGUUGGCUAAGGAAAAGAUGGAAUAGCAGCCCUGUGGUAAUUGCUGGUGCAGAAGAUGAGGAAUAUCAGUUGACCCUAGAUGACAUUGACUCAUGUUUGGUCUAUAUGUACACCCCUGUAACUGAAGAAGGUGCUAAAGGGGAACCUCAAUAUUCAAUCACUGAUUAUGUAAAAGCAGCUCCUCCAUCAGUGAACAAUGUACAAAUUACCGGAGAUGCUGUUGAAGGAGGUAUCAUUAGAGGAGUAGGGGACUAUUUUGGAGGAAAAGAAGGUCCCAGCAAGUUUGAGUGGUGCCGUGAGGAUAAGGAUACUGGAGAAUUUUCUUUGGUGUUAACUGGUACGAAUGAGUAUAAUGUAACUAAAGAUGACAUCGGACGACGAUUGGCUUUUGUUUAUAUACCUGUGAACUUUGAAGGACAGGAAGGAAAGUCUAUGUCAAUAACGUCUCAGAUAGUUAAGCCAGCUCCCCCAAAAGUAAUGAAUGUGAAAAUAAUUGGUGAAUUAAAGGAAGGAAGUAAGGUUACUGUGACUGGUAUUGUCACUGGAGGAACUGAAGCGUCCAGCAGAGUUCAGUGGUUUAAAACGAGUUCUUCUACCUUUGAGGCUGAAAAGAAUCUUGAAGUGUUAAGUGCGUCAAAAAUUGCUAAAGCAUUUCGUGUACCUUUAGGAGCUGUUGGCUAUUACAUUGUAGCAAAAUUUAUCCCCAUGACUCCAGAUGGUGAAGCUGGUGAGCCAGCUUAUGUGAUAUCUGAAACAGUAAUUGAGAAGCUUCCACCCAGCCUAAAUUUUUUGUCUAUAACCGGUGAUUACUCAGAAGGUGAAAUGUUGACUGCAUCAUAUGGAUACAUAGGGGGUCAUGAAGGGAAGAGUAUCUAUAAUUGGUAUCUCCAUGAGGUUGAGAAUGACCCCGGCGCUCUAAUACCUGAGGUCUCGGGUCUUCUUCAAUAUCGUAUCACAAAAGACGCCAUCGGUAAAUUCGUAUCUUUUAUAUGCAACCCAGUACGCAGUGAUGGAAUCAUAGGUGAGCCAAGAACUGUCAUGGGACAAGGACGUGUACGGCCAGGAAGCCCGAGAUUGCUUACUCUACAGAUUAUUGGAACUGCUGUCGAAGGCACUACUCUCAAUGUAGAAAAAAAAUAUUGGGGAGGUGAAGAAGGAGAAUCCAUUUAUCGCUGGUUCCGGACUAGUUCGGAUGGCACCCACAUUGAAAUUACUGGUGCCACUUCUUCAUCAUACAUGCUUUCUGUAGCUGAUAUUGGUUACUUCAUAUCAGUGUCCUGUGAACCUGUUCGAAGUGAUUGGGCUCGUGGCCCUAUUGUCCUUUCUGAACAAGUUGGACCAAUUGUGCCUGGACUACCAACUUGUCAUUCACUUGAAUUUCUUGGUUCCUUGGUUGAAGGAACACGUUUAAGCUUCAUUGCUUCUUACAGUGGAGGGAUGCAGGGAGAUUGCUUGUACGAGUGGUUGAGUGUGAAGGGCAAUGGUCAGAAGGAUAAACUUACUGUUGAUGAUUUCUUAGAUUUAACUCUUGACAAUGUGGGCGAAUCUGUGGAGCUUGUUUAUACACCUGUGCGGGAUGAUGGACUGAAAGGGAGCCCUAGGAUUCUGGUUUCUGGUCCUGUUGCUCCUGGGGAGCCUCUGGGUAUUGAUUUGGUUAUUCCUGAUUGCUGUGAGGGCGAGAAAGUGGUCCCUCGUACGAGAUAUUUUGGAGGACAAGAAGGUGUUGGAGAAUAUAUUUGGUAUAGGACAAAGGAUAAGCUUCAUGGAUCCACUCUGCUAGAAUUGUCAACCAAUUCUACGAAUGUUGAUAUAUGUGGCAAGACAUCGACAUACACUCCAUCUCUUGAUGACGUGGGUGCUUAUCUGGCCUUGUAUUGGGUACCAAUUCGAUCAGAUGGCAAAUGUGGAGAACCUUUAGUAUCAAUUUCUGAAUCUCCGGUCACUCCAGCUCUUCCUAUAGUUUCUAAUGUCCGCCUGAAAGAGUUGUCUUCAAAUACUUACAUUGGGGAAGGAGAAUAUUUUGGUGGAUACGAGGGAGAAAGCUUGUUUAGCUGGUAUAGAGAAACUGAUGAGGGAACGAUUGUUCUUAUCAAUGGAGCUAAUUCCAGAAGUUAUGAAGUCACAGAUGAAGAUUACAACUGCCGGUUGUUGUUCGGAUAUACCCCCGUCCGUACAGAUUCAGCUAUGGGAGAACUUAGAUUAUCUGAGGCUACUGGCAUAAUUUUACCAGAAUUGCCGAGAAUUGAGAUGCUAGCUCUUACGGGUAAGGCUGUUGAAGGAGAAGUAUUGACUGCUGUUGAAGUUAUUCCAGAGAGUGAAAGUCAACAGCAUGUUUGGGGAAAGUACAAGAAAGAAGUCAAAUACCAGUGGUUUUACUCAUGUGAACCUGGAAACAACCAAUCCUUUGAGCCAUUCCUGUCGCAAUAUUCUUGCUCCUAUAAGGUGCGAUUUGAGGACAUUGGCCGCUAUCUGAGGUGUGAAUGCAUUGUCACUGAUGUGUUUGGAAGAUUGAGUGAACCGGCAUAUGCAGAAACUACUGUGAUUUUACCAGGACUACCUAGAAUGGGUAAGCUGGAAAUUGAAGGCCGAGGUUUCCACACCAAUUUAUAUGCCGUCCGUGGCAUUUAUAGCGGGGGAAAGGAGGGCAAAAGUAGAAUCCAGUGGCUUAGAUCAAUGGUUGGAAGCCCUGAUCUCAUCUCCAUUCCUGGGGAGACAGGAAGGAUGUAUGAGGCUAAUGUUGAUGAUGUAGGCUACAGACUGGUUGCACUUUAUACGCCAGUGAGAGAGGAUGGAAUUGAGGGGCAACCCGUGUCUGUAUCAACUGAGCUGAUCGCAGUUGAGCCUGAUGUUCUUAAAGAAGUUAAGCAGAAGCUUGAUCUUGGAUCUGUGAAGUUUGAGGCACUAUGCGACAAGGAUCGAUCUUCUAGAAAGAUUCCUGGAGUUGGAACUCUGGAGAGAAGAAUUCUUGAAGUCAAUAGAAAGAGGAUCAAGGUUGUGAAGCCGGGGUCUAAAACUUCGUUCCCAACAACAGAAAUUCGUGGAACUUACGCUCCUCCUUUUCAUGUGGAGCUGUUCAGAAACGAUCAACAUCGUCUAAAAAUUGUUGUAGACAGUGAAAACGAAGUGGACUUAAUGGUGCAGACGAGGCACCUGCGUGAUGUCAUUGUCCUAGUUAUCCGAGGCCUUGCACAACGAUUCAACAGUACAUCACUUAAUACUCUCCUCAAAAUAGAUACAUAA